UGUUUUGUUUACUUCCUUGUUGGUUUUCCCCACAAGUCAAUUAGUGUUUCUUCAAGUAAUAAGACAACUUAUGUCAUCGGAAAUAGUAGGUUACUAAGUUGUCCGCUAUGUUGUGUGAUUUCAUAGAUUAAUUAACGUAAAAUGAAUCUCUACCUACAGCAUGGUAAGAAAUUAUCUAUAAUAUCUGGCAUUCAUCUGAAGGAUUUCAACACACCAGCAGUCGAGCGAAUAGAAAUUGACCACACUGUUGAACCAGCCAUUUGGUUUAAAACUUUGAUAAUUAACUCAGUUUUAAUUGAGUGUGAUGUAAGAAACGUAUAUUGGAGAGAAAAAUGUAAGCAUGGUGAACCCGAAACGACAUUUGACACUGAAUCUACUCGAGUUGUUCCCCGUAUGACACGGGCAGUUUAUGAUGAGGGGGAUUGUGAGGACUUUGAACUUUUUGACUCAGUUGUUAAACUUUUGAAUAAGAUAGAAAGUAAAUCGCUGAGUGAAGGACAACGAGCACAAGAAAUCUUGAGAAUUUUACACCUAUACGUUUUGCCAGAAAUUGUAUUGAAACUCCAAGAUGUUACUCUUUUACAAGAUGCUUUAGAAAAUGUUGAACAUAGCAUAGGAAUUAUUUCUGAAGAUAUACAAAGAAAAGACCGCGGAAUUUGUUUAACGGAAAAUUCGCUUCGAACACAACGGGAUAAGUUAUUUAGUUUAGAUAAUUUCGAAAGUGAAAAAUAUUUAAUUACUUGCAAUGAUAACUUCCUGCGUGAAGUUCUAGUUGAUGUUGAAAAAGAUAUCGAAUCAAUGAAUUAUGAACUGGAGUCUCGACAGGCUGAAGUCGAAAGAAUUCGGGAUGCUGUUACAGAUGAAGGAAAAGAAAACCUUAAAAAAAUUCGGAAUGUAAGGGAUGACAUUUUCAAUUCUAUACAGAAAUAUCAAAGUGUUAGAGAGACAAUAAAAAACGUGACAGUGCGAGAAAAUCGGUCAAAAAGACGUAGUAAGGUUAAACCGAAUGUCUUUCAUGAAAUAUACUUGGAACUCAAAGGUAGACUUCUGAAAGAAAAAAAGAUUGUUAAAAACUGUUGCGAUCAGAAGUUGAAGAUUGCGUCAGUCCGAGAGGCAAUAGCGCAGGUCCGUGACGAACUGUUACAGAGAGGUGAAAGCUAUGGUUUUGAAACAUCGCGAGACGGUCCAGGAACUUCAACUGAUGUCCUUGAAACUAGCGACGAAAAGCCAUCAAAAUGGCAAACUGUGGAAGACAAAGUAAAAGGCAUUCUUUUUGAUGGGUCUUCUGGUCCUGCAUUGGCAUUCAAAGCUUUCUGUGAUUCUGUUACAACUAAAAUAACAGCUUUUAGGAAGGAAAACGAAUUAUUUCUUAAUUCUCGCGAUCCCGAUGAGACUAGCAUUAAGGGUAAUGGCGAAGACAAUGACGAAUUUGUAAACAUUUCAUAUUUGGACAGUAUUGCCAUUCAACAUAGUCAGACUUUAGACAACAGAAUCUCGAGCGGAUACCGACCAUUCACAAAUGCUAUCAAAGAAGAUAUACUGAAACAUAUCGAGGAACAGAGUCAAUGGUUGAUGACAUCAAUAGACAUAGACUCAUACAUGGAGAAAGGGAAAAUACUCAAUGUAGAACUUCCGCAUAAAGUUUGGAUUUGUUAUGAAGUGCAACUUUACGGUCAAAUAAUGAACCCUUUGGCACAGCUUUAUUAUGACUCUUACAGUGAUGUCGCAAAUAAACUUUAUGAAUUCCUGUUGAAAAAGAGUUUACUAGAACUGGGUAUAGAUGAGUCGUGGUUAAACGAGGAGUGUAUUGGAAGCCAAACGGGACAAUUUGAAUCAAUAAGUGAAACAUGCAGCAGCGCAGUUGCAAAAAAGUGUGCUUCACUCAAGUCUGGAUUAAGCAUAACACUUGGGCGUAUGACUCUUGAUGAGUUGUAUCAGUCCGCGAAAAAUGACUGUCAGGACAUUCCUUCGUUUAUAGAUUGUCCCCUUGAUGAUGAAAGCAAUAGUGAUGUGUUUUAUGACCAAGAAGAGAGUAAAAGCAACCGAUCAAGUUUAUCUGAAAAUGGACUAGAAAAAAGCUCGGACAUUAACGAGAACAAUAGGGCAAGUUUGUACGCGAAAGUUUCCGGUGAAGAACCAACUAUCAACGAGGUGCUACAGCCAGCUGGUAAAGAGCUUGACCACUGCGUCGAGACAGCCGCUGUCGUGGAAAAACUAAAAUGCAUGACCAGAGCGUAUAGACUGGUCAACAGAAAAGUUACUAAAUUAAAGUCUAGAAAUCGUCGUUCUUCUAUAGAAGGUAUGGUUUGUUGUGACGAGAUCCUAUCUGCUUCCAUAGUUUUACUCACAAUAUUGAAAAAGGAGAACUUUGUCCAGCUCUAUUCACACUUAAAUCUUAUGAUAGACUUAAUGCCAUCUUUCUUGACCGGAAGUGUUCAUGACUGUUCCUUAACAAACUUUUACAGUUCUUUCCAAUACUUAUCCGAUAAGAUGGUGUCUAUAAAUCGGGUCAGUAGAUAAGUGAUAUAUAAGUGACCGGUAUUUAAUACGGGAAAUGACAUACAUUCAAUGAUUUUAAAGCGUUUUGUUUGAUUUUAAGACAUACAUUGUCAUGAUUGUGUAGUUAUCCGCACGUGUACAAUAGAAAUCACAUUUUAUGGUUGUAACUAUCUUUUCAGUUUUAUAGUAAAAUAAGAUAUCGGUGCAAUCAUUAGUUUGAACUUGUUGAACGAAUUGUACUUGUACAUUUUAAUUUGUGUCUUAAGUUUUAUUCCUACAACUGUAUGUUAAUUUUAGUAUUGCUUGCUUUUAAGAGAUUUUUAACCUUUUAAUCGGCUGUAUGAAGGAUUGUCUGAAUUAUUAAGUCUUUCAUUUUAUUCCUAUGUUAAUUUUAGUAUUGCUUGCUUAAAAAGAGAUUUUGAACCUUUCAAUCUGUGGAAGGGUUGUCUGAAUUUUGAGUCUCCCGUUUUAUUCCUAUGUUAAUUUUAGUAUUGCUUGCUUAAAAAGAGAUUUUGAACCUUUCAAUCUGUGGAAGGGUUGUCUGAAUUACUGAGUCUCCCGUUUUAUUCCUAUGUUAAUUUUAGUAUUGCUUGCUUAAAAAGGGAUUUUUAACCUUUCAAUUUGCUGAGUGGAAGGAUUAUUUGAAUUAUUGAGUCUCCCGUUUUAUUCCUAUGUUAAUUUUAGUAUUGCUUGCUUAAAAAGGGAUUUUUAACCUUUCAAUUUGCUGAGUGGAAGGAUUUUUUGAAUUAUUGAGUCUCCCGUUGUAUUCCUAUGUUAAUUUUAGUAUUGCUUGCUUAAAAAGAGAUUAUUAACCUUUCAAUCUGCUGUAUGAAGGAUUGUCUGAAUUAUUGAGUCUUUCAUUUUAUUGAUAUGUUAAUUUUCAGAAUUGCUUGCUUUAUACUAUUUCUUUUAACAUUCCAAUCUGCUAAUUGAAGUAUUGUCUGAAUUACAAUUGUUUUAAAUAUGUAGAAAAUAUAUUUAUUUUUAUAGUA